UUAGUUUAUUUAUUUUCAGCUGUAUUUAUUUAAUGUAUUGUUUAUGAUGCUAUUACUGGUUUUGCCAGACCAUUUUAUUGGUCAUGCCUGGCUGGAGUUGCUAUAUAAUAUACAAUAGUAAGUAACAAUCAUUACAGUAAACAACCCAGAAAUUUACCAGGCUCAUCGAGAAUAUUUACCAAAUCAAACUGGACGCCAUAAAUUGGUUUAGAUUAUCAGUGCCAUCUGUUGGUGACAGCGGUACAAUGGCAUACUACAGUAAAGAGCUUUCAUUCACAUCAUAAAAUCAACUUUUUGUGUUUUUCAUUUUCAUCCUGGUUUAACAAACAAGUAUUUAAUCCAUAAAUUGAACAUUUUCUUAUGGCAUUGCUUCUGUCACAUAUCAAAUUACUGCUUUAAUUGGCAUAAUGCCCACCUCUGAACACACACGUGCACCAUUGGCCUCUCGUUGAUGAUUAGGGCCAAACUCCUCCCUGCAGAAUAGAACAGUCCACAACACAUUAACUAUAAAUCCCAGCCUUUCCAUUGAACUUGCUUGUGCUCAACAGAGCCACAUUUUCAACAAACAUUGCUAGCUAGGUUUUCCACUGAUCGAUUUUAGGUCCAACUUAAGCGCAGGCCCCAGUUGUGUGAGAGCAGCAUGUUUCAGGAGAUCGUGGCCUUCAUAUUGUCAACUUCAGGGUGGGUGCUGGUGUCUUCCACCUUGCCGACGGACUAUUGGAAGGUUUCGUCUCUUGAUGGAACAGUCAUCACCACUGCUACCUACUGGUCUAAUCUGUGGAAGACCUGUGUCACUGAUUCAACUGGAGUCUCCAACUGCAAAGACUUUCCCUCAUUGCUAGCACUGGAUGGUUACAUCCAGGCCUGCAGGGGACUGAUGAUUGCUGCAGUCUGUCUGGGCUUUUUUGGAUCUAUAUUUUCCCUGGUUGGAAUGAAAUGCACAAAAAUUGGGGGAACUGACAAGUCCAAAGCCAGGAUCGCCUGUUUUGCUGGGGUAAAUUUUAUUCUUAGUGGCCUCUGCUCUCUGUCAGCGUGCUCCCUUUAUGCACACCGGAUAACGUCAGAAUUUUUUGACCCAAUGUAUAUUGCACAGAAAUAUGAACUCGGAGCUGCUCUCUUUAUUGGAUGGGCAGGUUCUAUCCUCUGUAUUCUUGGAGGCAGCAUAUUCUGUUUCUCUAUCACAGAUUCCUUCACCAAAAGCCGUAGUCAAGUGAAAUAUAUCUACAAAGGUGCAGCCUCACAUUCACAUAUCUCCUCAUACCCAAGAGGGCACGCAAACUCUAUAAACCAGAGGCCGCCUCCAGACUACAGCGGCUCCUCCAGGACCCAGCACUUUGAUAAGAAUGCAUAUGUUUGAGGAAUGUGAAUAUAAAACAGUUGAUGUCACUGGUAAAUCUUAAAAAUGUAUAGUGGUAGUUAUUGCUUAGCAACAACUACAUUUGCUGACAUUCAACAGUGCAGGGAUACGUUGUUGUUGUUGUUGUUUUUAAAGAAUUAACAUUUCUUUCAAGUUUUUGAAUGUAUUCUGAACGUCUGUCUUUAACAGUUCUCCCUGUUAAAUUGAAUACCUUAUUAUUAAAAAAAAAACACCCCUUUUGAUGUAACUGUAUAUGACAGUAAAGUCUGUAAUAUUUUUGUAAGACAUUUUCUAUGUGGUUUCUAUCUUUACUUGUACAUCUAUUAGCUAUAAUUUCACAAUAAGCAAAGAUGAAGGAUAAAGAAAAGGAACUGUAUCUUGUCAUUGUUUCUGCAAGUAGACAAUUCUCACUUCCCUAUCUUAGUGUAAAAUGAAGAAACAAAUAAAAUUGAUUAAAAUAAA